UUAGUGCCCACAGAGCCGAAAAAAAAUUAAGUAAGCGGAUCAAUGGCUUAAUCCGUUUAGUACGAAACGAACUACACCAUUGGCCGACUUACUGGUUGGUUCUGCUCUUAACAUUUGACCUGCCUGCACGCGUAGCGAAUUACGGCACAAAUUGAAAGAAAUAAGAGUUUAUUAACCACGAUGUUCUUUUGUAGCCGUCGGAGCAGAUGAAAUUACUGAGGAGAGCCAUCGAAAAAUUCACCCACUUAAUGGCCGAGUGUACAAAUAAUAGAGGGUGUGACAGACACUUCCUGGGACUUUUUAUGAUCUGCAUGGAAAACGGAGAUCCCAUUCCGGAAAUAUUCUUGGAUCCUUCCUGGGAAAAGAGCGGAGGAAGCGGAAAGUUCAUCCUGUCCACCAGCUGUACGGGUUACACAUCGGUAACGGGCGGAGUCAUGCCCAUGGUAGAGAACGGUUACGGUUGUUUCUACAACGUAGAGAAUAACAGGAUCGGUUUCUGCAUCACCGCUUUCCGCAAGAAUCCUGGAACCGUGCCCGAGAGGUUGUUCGAGAGCCUGUGUCACGCCUUGUCCGACAUGCAGUAUAUCGUCACCACCUCCAACCUGUGAAUCCCGGACGGGACUCGGUGGCUCCCGCUCUUCCGGACCAGAAACCCAAUGGAUUUUUAAUUAAUAGCGUCCGGGUCAAUCGGGCCGGAUGCUAUUAUUUUUAAGAGACGACGCAACCAGUUUAGUUUUGAAACUGCCUUAAAAAUCGCCUAGGGGCGUUUAGAGGAGGCAAUAUGGCUGUCGGACGGUACUCCUGUUUGCAUCGACCUGGACGGAAAUUGUUACUUACCGUCGAAUUUCUUUAUUUUCGUAAUUCCCGUCGCCCGUUACGGCGGCGGAUGGUCUGGAAUAAUUCAGGAAACGUCCCGGAAUUACUGGCCACCCCAACUGCCUCCCCGCCGCACCGGUUCGCGGAAUCAUCGCGUCUGUCGAUUUUUCGGAAUAUUUUUCAAAUUCCGUUAAGAAUUUUCCGUCCUUUCGGAUUUUUACCGGCCACUCUCGUCUCCCCCGCCAAACUAGAGAAUUCUUUACAUUAAAGAAUUCCCCCGUUAAAUUCGCCACGCCAACGACCGGAUGGGAACUGCCACCUUCGAUCCCCCCAUUAAAUUUUGACGGACCCGAGAAAAUGCAACGCGCGAGAAACCAUUUUGUUAUCGUUGUUAAGUUUUUGUAUUGUUUUAAGAUUUUUUCAAACGGUAAAGUAAAUAAAUUAGUACUUAAAAACACUGGUGCUUGUGUUGGAUGGGGGAAAAAUACACCUCGUCUACGACGGAUAUCGUAUAAUGCCAAUGGAAGAAAGAGUAACGGGGCAAUCAAGACACUAAGAUUGCGGAACUUCUGGAAAUGCGCCAAGGACGAAUUUUAAACUUCGGAAGUAUCGGUAAUGCCGGAACGCCGAAGUUGUGCCACACCCCAUUUACUUAAUCUAAGCGGGGAUCUCCGUAAUGUAAAAUCCCUGCCAACGAUUGGUAUACCGCGCCGGGCGUUGGCCCAACAACUGAAGAAAAGGCGAAAACCAAAGACCGGAUUGAUUUGGCAAUUUCUUGCCAAAAUUUCCUCCAGGAACGAAUUUGCUUCCUUUGUAUCGCUGCAAGAUUUGCGCCAAAAGGUGCAGGACUCCCCCACAAAAGAUGUCUCGGAGAAAAGUUCGGAAUACGUCCGCCAUUUU